CUGGUGGGUCCGGGCUCAUUAUAAUGAGUAUGAUCUAUUGAUAAUAAUAAUUGGAUAAGCUCGUCCCUUCUUAGAUGCGAGUAUCUAGAUGCGCCGAGGAAACCCGCUCGGUUUCGUAAAUCACGGACCGUGAAAAGACUAAAGUCAUCAAUAUAUUCUCUACUGUAGGUGGGUGGUGUCGGUCUAGGUGUCGGAACACUCUCGAUUGCUAUCCGGCGGGAAUAAUGCGAUAGAUCAAUCGAUAAUAAUAAUCUGAUAAGCUCAGCCCUUCUGAGCCGCGAGUAUCCAUGUAGGCCAAGGUACCUCGCUCUGGCUCUUAAAUCAGGGAGCGUGAAAAGACUAAAGUCAUCAAUAUAUUCUCUGCUGUAGGUGAGGGCGCGUACGAUCGGUGAAGACAUGGUUGGAUAUGAUAUACGAAUACAGAAUCUUUAACCCGAUUUUAUAGAUCGUAUUUGAGGUUGGCGAUUAGCACGCCAUGGAUAUCUCCGCGAAUUCCUGGCCUUUGUUACUCGGGCGGGUAACAAAAAAUCCCGUGGUGUCGAUGGAUACUCACCCACGGUGGAUCGGCACUCUGUGUGUUUUAGCGUGUUUUACUACAAUUUUAGCACGGUGUGGCAACCACAAACUAGGACACUCAUGACCCUCCGACACGGUUUACGAUUUUUUUUAAAAAAAGGGUUAAAGAUUCUGUAUUCGUAUAUCAUACGCAAGCAUGACUUCGAGAAAUACCUUUGCUGAAUUAAGAAAACUCGCUAAGGAACGCGGCCUACAUGGCUACGCAAAGCUCAGAAAGGCCGAGAUUAUCGAAUUAUUGGGACCAACUACCGUUUCAGCACCGGUUAGACCGGUACUCAUGCCGAGACCCUCGAGACCCGUACCGGUGUCGAGACCUAGACCGAGACCGCGACCGAGACCGGCACCUAGACCGGUGUCGAGACCGAUACCGGCACCUAGAUACACCGGACCGCCUAGACUCUACAGCCCUUUACCAACAUCUAGACCCGCCAUACAUGUACCACCUACAUCAAUCAAAUCUCUGGGGAGUUUUCUAGGAUCCGAUGGAUCUAUACCCAUACCAACACCGAGACCGAGACCUAGACCAUUUAGAUCUGGCUCUGACAUGGAUAUUUUUGAGCAGGAAGAAAUGGCUAAAACCAGACCUAUAGUGAAAAGCAAGUUGAUUGAAUGGAGAGACUGGUUGACGAAACAUGUACCUAAGGCUAUUAAGGAUAAAACAACAAAAGCUUUCAAAACCAUGAAGGAUAAGAUCAUGGGUUUGUAUAAAAAGGGCAGUGGAGAGGAAGAGGUGAAAGAGGUGGAAGAGGUGAAAGAGGAAAACCCCUAUACCCCCAUUGAGGAGGCGUUUGACCGUUCAUACAAACGUUUCAAGAUAAACUCGGAUGGUAAGAAGAGGAAUGUCAAGGUCUUUCUCAAACAGCUUAAGCCUAUCGUUAAGAGGUUGAUGAAGGAAGUGCUCAGGCAGAAGAAGUCGCUGAAGACUCAGGCUACACUGUGGGUGAAAUGGGUAAAGGAGGACACCGGCUCGACCGAUGCCCCACGUGUAUAUGUUGACAAAGCGUUCAAUAGCUAUAUGGAGGUAUUACAUUCUAACGAUGACAUUUCUAAUGUUUUUGAUCGGAUCCGUAAUAAGAUAAUCGAGCAGAUUGAAAACCCUGCUCUACCCGCCAGUGGGUUCACAAUCGAUAAAAUCUUGCAUAUGCAUGUGGACUUUCAUAAGCUAAAAUUAACGAGAGGUAGUUCUUACUUACCGCUACCCAAGAAUUUCAGUGGAAAGCGAUCUGUGAUUAACCCACAUAACGAGGAUGAAGAAUGCUUCAAAUGGGCCGUUAUCGCUGCUCUCAAUCAUGAUAAGAUUGAUAAUCAUCCUGAACGAAUCUCAAACCUUAAGAAGUUUGAAGACAAGUGCAAUUGGGGUGGUCUAACUUUCCCAAUGGCUCUAAACAAGAUAGAUUUGUUUGAGAGAAGGAACCCUGAUAUCGCCGUGCAUGUUUUGACAAAAGAUGACAUAGAGGGUGUCUAUAUGUGUCGAAAGUCGAAGCAUCUUGACCGGGAUGAGACGGUUGUUUUGUUUUUACUGUGUGAAGGGGAUAAGAGGCAUUAUAUCGCUGUUAAGAACCUGAGUGGUGUCCUAAGCAAGGCCAACUCAAAGCAUGAACAUAAAGAGCAUUAUUGCUUGAAUUGUCUCUCUGGUUUUCCAAGCGAACGGAAAAGGGAUGAGCACUUUGAGUAUUGUAAGAAUAACGAUGCCGUUAAUAUUCAACUCCCUAAGGAGGGUAGCACCUUAACCUUCACCCACGGUCAGUACCAGCUCAAAGCCCCAUUCAUCAUGUAUGCCGAUUUUGAAGCUUUUACAAAACCUGAAGAGAUAGAGUGUGGAUCGUCCACCGAGAAAGUUGGUAAACAUAUCCCCACCGGAUUCUGUUGUUAUAGUAAAUAUGCUCAUGGUGAAGUUUUGGACCCUCUGAAGCUUUACCGUGGUGAUGACUGUGUUCCGCGCUUUGUGGAUCAUGUGGUUUCCGAGGCGAAAAGGUUAUACAACAUGUUUCCACAACUUGGUAUGCAAGAUCUAACCGAUGAAGAACUUGAUGGAUAUGAAAAUUCCACCAACUGCCACAUCUGUAUGAGAGAAUUUGGUGAUGAUGACAUCAAGGUCAGGGAUCACUGUCAUUUUACCGGAAAGUUUCGUGGAUCGGCACACAUGGGAUGUAAUCUCCGUUACAAGGUGCCUAAUUAUAUUCCGGUUGUCUUCCAUAAUCUGAGCGGAUAUGAUGCGCAUCUAUUUAUCAAAGAGCUUGCGAAGAAGUAUGGAGAAGGUGGUAUGAGUGUAAUCGCUGAAAAUAAAGAGAAAUAUAUCUCUUUCUCUACCGAUGUUAAGGUUGGUGAAUACACCAACAAAAAUGGUGAGACCAAAGACAAAAAGAUAAAGCUGAGAUUCAUCGAUUCAUUUAGAUUUAUGUCAAGAGGAUUAGGUUCCUUGGCUGACAAUCUAUCCGAUGAUCAGUGUAAAAACCUUAGAAAAUUCUUCAAUGAUGAGCAAUUCAACAUAAUGAGAAGGAAGGGUGUAUACCCAUAUGAGUAUGUUGAUUCAUUCGAUAGGUUUAAUGAAACCAGGCUUCCUUCGAAAGAUGACUUUUAUAGCAAGUUGAACAUGAAUGGUAUCAGCGAUGCUGAUUAUGCGCAUGCCCAGAAGGUGUGGAAGGACAUGAAAGUUGAAAAUAUGGGCGUUUAUCAUGAUAUCUAUCUCAAGACGGAUGUUCUGCUUCUGAGUGAUGUGUUUGAGACAUUCAGAGAGACAUGUUUGAAAAACUAUAAACUAGAUCCCGCUCAUUUUUACACGGCCCCCGGAUUAGCUUGGCAGGCAUGCCUGAAAAAGACAGAUGUUAAGCUGGAUUUGUUGUCAGAUAUGGAUAUGUUACUGUUUGUGGAGAUGGGUAUUAGGGGCGGUCUCUGUCAGGCCGUUCACAGACACGCGAAGGCAAAUAAUCCAUAUAUGGGUGAUAUGUAUAAUACUUCGGAAGAUACAACCUAUCUACAGUAUCUUGAUGCUAACAAUCUGUAUGGAUGGGCUAUGAUACAGAAGAUGCCCACCGGGGGGUUUGAGUGGGAUGAUUCCGGUAAAUUUACACCCGAACUCAUUUCAGAGUUGGCUGUGGAAAACGGUGAAAAGGGGUACAUGCUUGAGGUUGAUGUUAGAUAUCCACAUAAUCUUCAUGACGCACAUAACGAUCUUCCUUUCAUGCCUGAGAGGAAGGUUAUCAAUGGUGUUGAGAAGCUGACACCGUGUCUUUCGGACAAGAGGAACUAUGUGAUUCAUAUCCGUGCGCUUGCUCCAGCUUUGAAUCACGGUCUUGUUCUGGAUAAGGUUCAUAGGGUACUGAGGUUUCAACCAUGCGCUCUGAUCAAACCUCAGUACCCUAUGAACCUUAUCCAGAACAAGACCGUGAUUCAAAGCUUGAGCAAGCGCACGGAUAUGAAUCACAUAGUUCCUCUUGUCCGAAAGACACGGUGUCAGCUUCUCAACACCAUUGAUAACCUUCCUCUCAGGCAUGAAAGGAAGAUCGUUAUGUGCGUCAUGAAGAUUAUGUGGAUAUCUAACAUCAACCUCAAGCAUGUACCCCUUUUCACCGUUUUCCACAGCCAACUCUGAAAUGAGUUCGGGUGUAAAUUUACCGGAAUCAUCCCACUCAAACCCCCCGGUGGGCAUCUUCUGUAUCAUAGCCCAUCCAUACAGAUUGUUAGCAUCAAGAUACUGU